UUUACAGAGUUUUCCCAACUUACUCUUGACAAUUUUGAGGACUUCCUGACCUCUGAUGAUCUCUUUGUUCAUGCGUUCAACACAUUUUUAAGUCUACCGUCUUUCCCGCAGGCUUUGCUGUACAAUCAGGAGACUGAGCAGUUUGAAGUGGUCAGCAGAGCAGCUGAAUUCACAACAAACACAAUCAGAACAGCACUUGAACACAGAAAAUCACAACUUGUCACCAAUGACACCACAAAAAAAACAACUCCUGUUGUUGACAACCAUUACACUGUCUCUUGCCUGGACAGAGAACAGGGAAUUCGGUGGAUCAAAAAGAAGAAACUGCCAUAUUUCCUUCGAAGUAGUUGCUACCAUGAGUACAGAUUAGCCAAGUUGUUGUUCCAGGGGGUACGUGAUGUAAAUUACCACAGGAGAAUAUGCAGCUCUUGUCUAUCCACCCGAUCUCCCACACACUGUGACAAAGGAAAUAAUAGCUUAAAUCUACAUGGAGGUUGUGUGAGAAUACAUCAGCCGGUGUCCUUGGAGCAGAGCAGACAAAUCUACACGCACUGCAGUGAAUCGUCCAGAUGUUCCUCCAGAUUCUCCAAAUGCUCUUUCUCCUCCACCUCAAACCAGAAAUGUGCUGCUGGCACUGACAUCUCAGAACCCUCAACCUCACCUGGAGAGAAGCCACUUGUGGAUUCCCUGGCUGCUGAAGUUGUUCAACAAGUGAUCGAAGAUGCUGUAUACAUGUUGACUGCACAGAGCCCAGCAAACACAACUCACCCUACCCAUAAUGCCAACACAAAUAGAUGUUGCAAGUGCAAAGUUGGGUUACAGGCUUUUGAUAAGAAGAAGAAAGAAAACUUCCAAGAAUGCCAAAAAAGGAGUGGUGACGAAAUACAGCUUGAAUGUGAAAAGACAAUGUCUGAGGGGAGUUGGAGCAGAGGAUGGGAAACUGUCCUUGAUAUUUGCUGCCAUGGUACCUGUUGCCAAGGCAACAAACCUGGCAUUUAUGGCUUAAAGGAGUUUUUGCGAGGCACACCAGGAGGCAAGUUGUUAAAUCUGUGGUUUGACAUCGAGAGACUGAAAACAAUAGAAAACUCAGAGCGCAAGAACAGCUUUUUGGCCGUAAUGAGAAGCCGCUAUCUCCUAAGCGGCAGUCAGAACUGUCUGAACAGGGAGCAGCUCUGCACACUGUGGCUAACUACCUCCGUCUGCUGGACAGAAGAGAACAUGUGUGCCAUUCAGCCCAACCUCACAGAGUCACUCAUCUCCUACUGGUUUCCUCGCUACUGCACAUCCCUGUAUGUCCAAAAAGACAUGUGUGUCAGCCCUCUUUCUGCCUUAAUGACCCCCGCUUCACUCUGCCCAGACAGCUUUCUGUAUGGCGGAUCCUUACAUACUGUUCACACACCUUCUGUAUGUGGCGAAAGCCAAUCAGUAAACUGCACAAUUAAGGAAAAGAUGCUGCAGGCGCUGUUUGUCGACCCUUAUUCUGGCUCAUACUUCACACACUUCUGUGAGCAGUCUGGAAACCAGAUGUGGGAAAAUACAGUUUACUUUUGGAUUGACCUCCAGCACUAUCAUGAGCUCUUCUACCAGGAUGGAUUGGAUCCCUACAGAGUGCAGAGAGUGGCUCAGCUUCUGUACUCCAAAUAUCUCCUCAGCUCUGCCAGGAGGAGCAUUGGCGUGACGGAGGAGGUCAGGAGGGAGGUGUAUGGCGCGAUGAUGCCAGCUUUUGAAGAACUCUUUGAUAAAGUGGAGGACCACGCCUUGAACAUUCUCAUGGAGGCAUGGACAGAGCUGGUUGACCGGGACAAAGAUUCCUUCCUGCAGGUGUGUGUUCAUGAAGUGGAGCGCUGUGUUGACUGUUGGGAAUACAGGGAGCUUCAGAACCUACACAUAGAAUCUAACCAGCAAAUACAACAGGUAAUGACAUUGCCGUCUAAUACUUCACCUGAGCUUUUCCCUCCGGGCAACCGGGCCCUGGACUCUUGGUCCAACGUGCCUCGACAGUACCAAGGUUACCGUUUAGGCUCCUUGUUUCGCCACUGUCAUGAGAUUAGGCACUUUAUGUCCUUCCUCCAGGAUAGCGAUGUCAGUAUCCACUUGGAAUGCUGGCUGGACCUGGAGCAGUACAGGAGGACCCCUCAGAGGAACAAAGCAGUGAAAGAGGGACGAUCUUUGCACAUUGCCAACAAAUAUCUCAACAAGAAGUACUUUUUUAGUACCCACAGUCCCGCCACAACAGAGCAGCAAAAUAAUGUGUUACACCUGGCAGGUGGACAGGAGCGUCUGAAGCGUGAGUGUCUCUCAAAGCAAGUUACUGUGAAGAUCCAGGAUAUCAUCAGGAGUCACAUUGAGAAAACGUGGCUGCCUCAGUUUCUGGCCACAGCAGAGUUUAUAGAACGACAGAAACACAAACCAAAGCCCAGCUCUGAAGAACGCAAGACAAGAAAAGAAGUGUGGAAGACUCAGGGCUUGUGGAUGAGUUCCUCCAAGGAGAUCCUUCUAUUCCGACAGCUUCUCCUCAGCCCUGCCUCCUCUUUGCAGUUCCAGCACUUUGUGGGUGUCAAGGGCGACUUCCUGGAGAAUGACGUGCGCUUUUGGCUGGAGGUGCAGAGGUACAAGGACCUUUGUCAUUCUCACAGCGCACAGGCCAUAAUCCAACAAAAGAUUUCCACAAUCAUCGACUGCUUCAUCAACUCUUACACACCUCCAGCCCUGCAGAUAGACAUCUCUCAGGAACAAGCGCAGCACAUUCUGGACAAAGGCCACCAGCUGGGCCCUUACAUCUUUAGAGAUGCGCAGAUGUCCGUGUUCAGGGAGCUGCUCAGGUUUUGGCCCGACUUCCAGGAGCUGAGGAAUGGUGUGGACGAAGGAAAGCUCCUGGAGAUGCUGCAGGACAAGCGAAGCAAACAUAAAGCCAGAGUACGGAGACGCAGGAGGAGAGAAGAGGAGGAGAGGAGAGCCCAGGCUGAGCUAAAACCGAUGGAUUCCAGUUGUAGUGAGGAAGAAGACGUGGCAAAUGAGAAAGAUGCAGGAGGUCCUCGAGGAGGUGAAAAGCGACUGUUGAGGACGCGGAGCAACUUGGAUAUGUGUUCCCCAGAGCCAUUGUCCUGGUCCUACUCUAAAUACAUGACGGUUCUGAAGAGAGAGGAGGCGCUGCUAAAGAGGCAGAGUCAGAAGGAAGCUUCGUUCUCCACAUGCUCAGUGUCCUCCGAAGGCAGCGUGAGGUCAAGAGGAAGUGAGCACAGUCGCCGACGUCUUUCACGCUCAUCCAGAUCAGAUGUGAAAUAAUGUCAACAAUGUGAUGGCAAGUAAACACAAAUAUAAUUGACAAAGGAACACGUGUGCAGGAUAAUAUUCCAGCAGCAUAACAAGUUUACAGUGACAGUUCCAGGAAUAACACGUUUUUGGAAGGGAAACUGCUUGUCAAUAACAAGUAAGUUAAAACUAAAUGUACUUCGAUUCAUUAAAACCGGAACAAAUUAAAAUUUAAUAAUGCUAAAAUAAAAACUUUAAUAUUAUAAAACGGAUUACCACAAAACCAAAGAGAAGAACAAAUUGUACAGUUUAUUAAUGAAAGGAGUCAAUCUAUGGAAUAAUGUGGACUAAAAAUAAUAUUAUGAAUAACAGUGUGCACAUGAACUGACUACUGCUCAAAAGGAAGUGUUGAACGCAGAGACAUGUUACAAAGAGGUUUCUUUGUUUUUAACACCGUUUGACGUGUACACUUGACUGAAAUAACACAUCCAUGUUCUGCUUGGUAAAAUCGAAAAUAAAUAAAUACAUUUACAGAUUGCUAAAAAUUCAAUUUAAUUAAAGUCCCCUAACAUAGCAUGGAUUUAUACAUUUUCAUUUGAUCUGAAAUUCUCCAACCCUAUUUGCAUUUGACCUGUUCAUGACCAAGUUCUCAUGCUGGCCUGGGUCACCAUGAGCUAGUGUAGGUUUGGUGCAGAAACACAAGCACUCUAUCAAAAUGCCAGAAAGCACACACGUACGUACAGUAGUGUUCUUACUGAAGUGCUGAAAUAGGCUAAAUUGUGAGUGUUUCCGGUGAUUGGCUGUUGACUAGUUCAGCUGUACAGUACCCCGCCACUCACCCAAACUCAGCAAGGAUAAGCUCCAACUCACCCCCUGACCCUAAUGAGCAUAAGCAGUAUAGAAAAUGGACAAAAAGACUGAACAUCUUCAAUAAUGUUCUCAAUUUUUAAUUAAAAUAUUCUUUAAAUAUGUUAUUUUAAAGGUAUGUUAGUGAAACCUUACAGAGUCCAGAGGUUAGGCAAGUGUAGAAAAGGCAAAAACAAUAUGAAGGAUUGGCACAAAGUUACCGUGAAACUUGUUCAUUACAUCACUUUGGUUGGCAGCUGGAGUUUGGCUUCAUUCAACAUUACAGUAUAAUCUACUGUAUAUACAUACAGUAUAUACUCCUGUUGCUAUAUAUAUAUACCAAUUACUUUUCUUUACAAGCUAUACAUAAAAACUGCUGUGAUGAGUUUUUUACUGGUACAAAAUAUAAACUCUUUGAAAAAAGUUUAUCAGCAGACAAGGAUGAGUACAAAAUUAUUUGUAGAUAUGUAUCAAUAUGUACAGUAAGGUCAAAUGUACAUCUUGAUCAUGUGUGAACGUAUCAGUGGAAUCCGAUCCUCAAGGCUUUAUUCUUUACCGUGGUGAACUUGCUGACAAAUACCUUGGCGAAGGUGGGGUCGACCAGGUAGCGGUACGACUUGGUGACGGACGCGGGACGUUCUGCAAGCGUCACUUGAGGUUGCAGCUGCGGGGAUGCAGCCGAGGCAGGAAAAUAGUUGGCUGCUCGCUUCACGUAUUGCACCAGACGCUGAUACUGCUGCUCUGAUAGACGCUCUCGAACGCCGCCGUCACCCUAAGAGGAGAUAGUGGACGUCGUUUAUGUCGACAUAACCAAAAUCGGAAAUUGAUUACACAUUUACGUAAGGAGAAUGUGUGAUAGUUUUUUAAAUUCCAUUAUAAGAAAAAUGUGUUUUUACAAUUAGCAGCAUUGGCACGGUUUAAAAAGUAUUUAUUUCGGACUGUUAUCAGAUAUGCAAAAAACCAACCUUAGUGUUAUACUGUAUGUAAUUACUAAUAACACACUUUCCCCCCCAAGGGCCUGAUCUACUUGGAUCCAAAUAAACACUUAACGGCAUGUGCAAACUAUAAAAUUGUGUUUUACAUUUGUGGGCGUGUAUCAGAUGAUCUACUAAGACUGCAUGUACAAUUGAAAACA